GAAUAUAUCUCUGUCUUUGUCCUCUUAAGCUUAGAUAAGCAUAAUUUCUUUCACCUACCUCCUCUGUAUUCUUCUCUGGUAAAAAAAGAUUCAAUUUAGAAGGAAGAAAGCCAUGGAUGUGGCACCAGAACAACAACAAAACUUGAGUUUACCCUCACUUUUCAAAGAAUCACUUUCCAUCCCAAAGAGAUCUCCACAAACUUUUUACAGAAUCACUCUCAGCUUAAUCUUGCCACUCUCUUUUGCAAUCUUGGCUCAUUCCUUCUUCACCCACCCCAUUCUUUCUCAACUCCAUGAAAACCCAAGUGCUUCUCAUGCCUCUCAAUGGACCAAACUCCUCUUUUACCAAUUCUGUUACUUAAUCUUCCUCUUGGCCUUCUCCCUCCUCUCAACCUCUGCUGUUGUCUUCACUGUUGCUUCUCUCUACACUUCAAAACAAGUCUCUUUCUCCUCAAUAAUCACUGCUCUGCCUAGUAUCUUAAGACGCCUCUUCAUCACUUUCCUAUGGGUUUUCCUCUCUAUGCUCGUUUACAACGCCGUCUUGUCCUUUUUCAUUGUACUCAUGCUAAUCGCCUUUGAGAGCAAAAGCAAAAACAGCACUGCUCUGUUUUUAGUCUCUGUUUUUCUUCUCUCUGUUUUCUUCCUCGUUGUUCAUGUCUACUUGAGUGCUUUAUGGCAUCUUGCUAGUGUGAUUACUGUUCUUGAACCGACACAAGGCCUUGCUGCUUUCAAGAAAAGCUAUGAGUUGUUAAAAGGGAAAAUCAGAAUGGCUUGUGUGUUGAUUUUAGGGUAUCUGGUGAUUUUUGGUGUGGUUAGUAGCGGUUUUGGUUCAAUUGUUGUGGAUGGUGAAGGGUACAGUGUUUUUGUUAGGAUUGUUGUUGGAGGGAUUUUGAUUGGUGUUCUUGUGGUGGUGAUAUUGGUGGGGCUAUUGGUGCAAAGCUUGUUUUAUUAUGUGUGUAAGAGUUAUCAUAAUGAGAGGAUUGAUAAGAGUGCUUUGUAUAAUCAUCUUGGUGGAUAUUUGGGUGAGUAUUAUGAACCUCUUAAAGGGAACAUCCAAAUUGAUGAUACCUUGGAAGUAGAGAUGAAAGGUGGAGACACUGCUUGAACCUUUUUUUUUUUGAUGAGUUUUUGGUGUUUGAGAUAAAAUGUACAAUUAAUAAAUCAUAGCACUUCAUUUUCCUUUUUUUUUUUUUAAUGUUUAGUUAUAUAUGUGUUGGUAAUGAAAUGAAAUGCAAUCGAAUCGAUGAUUACUGUA